AUGUUCCUGUACGGGACGCCAGGUGCUCUUCUUGCCCUGACAAAAGGAUCCACGCUGGGAAAUCCUCUUCAUUAUCUCCGGACGCCCACGUUCCCAGGACAAUAUCGGAACGGCGGCAUGAUGUCAGGAGCUGCCCCGAAGGUUGCUCCCUCGCAAGCACGACCCGCUGCUACACCUUACCAUAAUAUCCUCCAUUAUGGGCUAUUAGCUGGAUUCUCAGCUCUUGGAGAAGGAUUUAUUCCAACUCCUGUUGUGGAGGAAACUAUCCGAUAA